AUGGAAGAAGGAAUCAAUGAGAUGCCCGAUCGCUUCACUCAUAUCAUUAAUGGUCUCAAAGCUAUUGGGAAGAUAUAUCCCAACAAUGAGAUGAUCAACUACAAUGCAAAGGAAAUCAAAGGAAUUCCAAAAAAGGUGGGAGUUGCUCUGAAAUCAAAAACCUUUGAGAAGAAUGAAGAAUUAUUGGAGUAUGAGAGGGAAUUUUUGCGACUCAGUAAGUAUGCCCGGGAAUGUAUAUUGACAAAGGUUGCUAUGUGUACUCGACUUGAAGAUGGCCUAAAUGAAGAUGUCAAGCUGUUAGUUGGGAUUUUAGAGUUAAAAGAAUUUGUGGUUUUAGUUGAUCGAGCGCAGAAGGCCGAGAAACUUAGUAAAGUAAAGAGAAAAGUCGAUACUGAGGCUCGUGAUUCAAGGAAAGUGACCUAUUGGAAAAUCAUUCUCAUACUGAAAGAAGGGUCGUGUUUUAAAUGCGGUUCUUUUGAGCAUUAUCUUAGAGAUUGCCUUGAAAGGACCGACAAAGAAAAGACUCAGACUACUCGUCCGAGUAAUACAACUGCGAAAGGGAGACCACCUCGAAACACUGGAAAUACGGGUAACAGUCGCAGUGGGACAAAAGAUCCUACUGUGAGAUCUGAGGCACGGACGCCAACUAGGGCUUAUGUAAUUUGUGCUCGAGAGGAAGCUUCAACACUUGACAUGAUCACCGGUACAUUUUCUAUCUUUGAUACUAAUGUUAAUGCUUCGAUUCACCCGGGGUCAACGCACUCAUAUGUAUACACAACUUUAGUGUCAGAUAAGGAAUUACCUUUCGAGUCUAUUGAGUUUGUAGUUAAAGUAACGAACCCUUUAGGUCAGUAUGUGUUAGUUGAUAAAGUCUGUAAAAAUUGUCUUUUGAUGAUUCAGGCUUGCAAAUUUCCAGUUGAUUUGAUGUGA